UAUUUCGAGUGAUUUAGCAACAUAAUUUUGAAUGUCGUACAGGACGCUAUAGGAACCAAACAUUCGGCAUUUUGUUCUCUUCCCACACGGAAGUAUUUGGCAGUAACGCGGCUCAGCGCCCUUAGCAGCGGUCUUUAAUGGCCGUGUCCUGCAUUGAGAAGAGUAACUUUAGCGAGAAGCUCCCGAGAUGAUUAAUAAGUGCGCUCGUCUUCUUUCUUCCUUUGCGACCCCUCCUUGAGUCGAAGUGCCUAAGGGAAGUGAGUGAACGCUCGACUGUAAAGAGUUGAGGCUCAGUCCUGCAGUCAGCGGGAAGUCGUGUUGUGGUGUGAAAGUUCCAAUAGCUCUGCUUACAGCAGCAUGCAGUGUGCGCUUGUAAGCGCGUCAGGAGCCCGUGUGGCGCUGUCCGAUGGCCGAGCCCUGAUUUUUGGUCGAGGUCCUGAAUCCGGAGUUACAGAUAAAAAAUGUUCGAGACAUCAAGUAAAGCUUGUGGCUGACUGCGCCAACCAAGAGAUUCUUGUGACACAGCUUGGGCCAAACCCAUCAUCCAUAAAUGGCCAAGCACUAGGCCGAGGUCAGUCUGGAAGUCUGACUGUGAAUGGCACGCUUCACCUAGUCAACCAGAGUUAUCCGUUUACUGUGCAGUUUUCUGGCACAGCAAAUGGAGCCUCUUCAGAUUCUUUUUGUCAAGGGAAGGAGAAAGGAAGAAGGGAUGAAGGUGGACACAAGCAGAAAGCCUCGGGUAAAACAGAGAAGGCAGAGGCCAAGAGGAGCAUCCAGGAUUUCUUUGCUUCCUCACCUAAAAAGUCAACAAAAAGGCCACUUUGCCUAGAAGAUGACGCGUCCAACAGCAAAAGAGGACGCACUGAGAAAUCUGAUGAGGAGGAAGUUGAUGACCUGGUAGAAGAGAAGCUCAGGCAGCUGCAGGAACUUGCAGACAAAGCAGCAACUCAGCCGUCGAAACCAACAACAGCUGCAUCCUCUGCCUGCUCCCAUAGUCACUGGCAGCAAGUAGGCAACCUUAUGCUCUAUAAUGCUGCAGGGGUCACUGGGAGCUCCAAGAUAGCAGGCUUCGACAUCGAUGGCUGUAUUAUUACUACAAAAUCGGGGAAGGUGUUUCCUACAAGUCCAGACGACUGGAGGAUACUUUUCCCAGAGAUACAGCCCAAACUGGCCAGUCUGUUAAAGAAGGGAUUCAAGGUGGUGUUUUUUACCAAUCAGAUGGGAAUUGCUCGAGGCAAGCUCAGGCCUGAGGUGUUCAAGUCAAAAGUCGAAGAUAUUAUUGAGACUCUAAAACUGCCUGUGCAGGUGUUUGUUGCAACAGGCCCAGGUAUUUACAGAAAACCUGUAAUGGGAAUGUGGGAACACUUAUCUGAGAAGGAAAAUGGUGGCGUGACUGUAGAUAAAUCACAGAGUUUCUAUGUUGGAGAUGCUGCAGGCCGUCCUGUGAAUUGGGCUCCAGGGAAAAAGAAGAAGGACUUCUCUUGUAGUGACAGACUGUUUGCUCUAAACAUUGGUCUGCAGUUUUAUACUCCUGAAGAGUUCUUCCUGGGCUGGAAGGCUGCUCCUUACAACAUGCCAUCUUUUGAUCCGAGGGCAUUAGACUCAAAGACACUUUUGUAUGAUCCUCCUGAUGCCUUGCUGACUUCUACCAGUCAGGAAGUCAUUGUUGCUGUUGGAUUCCCUGGUGCUGGCAAAUCUACCUUUUUCCACGCCCACGUCAUUCCAAAGGGCUAUGUAUAUGUGAACAGGGACACUCUGGGCUCAUGGCAGAACUGUGUGUCAGCAUGUGAGCGUGCUUUGAAGGAAGGCCGGAGUGUAGCUGUGGACAACACUAACCCUGACCUAGAGUCUCGAAAACGAUACGUGGAUGUCAGUCAGAAAGCUGGUGUUCCUUGCCGAUGCUUCAACUUCACUGCCUCCUUGGAACAAUCCAAGCAUAACAACAGGUUCCGUGAGAUGGUUCCCUCUGCUAUGAAGCACGUUCCGGUCAAUGACAUGGUCUUCCACAGCUACAAGAAGAAGUUUGUUAACCCUUCACUGUCAGAAGGAUUCUCUGAAAUCCUGCAGAUCCACUUUGUACCCAGUUUCUCUGUCAGUCGAUCUGAGGCUCUUUUCAGGCAGUUUUCAGAGGGUUGACAAGUGAGUUUGAUCACGAGAAGGACAAGAACAGUAAAGGACAAACCUUCACUCAUUAGAGAGUAUUUCACAGAGCAGGAUUACUGUUAGACAGAUUUCUCACAAUCAAAGUUGAGGAUUGUCCAGUAGGAAUGUCCCUCAGUUUUUUUACUGAACAGGCUUGACAGUAGGGUUAAGUUGUCUGGCAAGGCUGAGAAAUCUUUCUUUAAAAUACCCCUAGUUUAGUGGUCACUGACCCUCCUUCUGGACUGGCAGAAAUCACAAAAUCCUUUCAUAGCUAAAUGACCAGUGGAAAUUGUUUGUGUGGUUUUGCAACUUUUUUAAACUAACAUAUGUUUCUGUGUCUUUAUUUUGAUUAAUAAACAUCACCAGAGAAUUUGUCAUGCAGUCACACUUGCUGGAAUAAACACCUGCAGAUUUUCCUUUGCUGCUUAUUGUACUAGAAUUAGAAAAUUACUGAGUGAUAUGUUUACUUAGGUAUAAAAACAUAAAAUACGGAAAACUAUAACAAAUGGUCAGGAAAUUUGACCUUUUAUUUGUUUAAACAGAUUAAUAAACAGCAUUUGAACAUUAA